AUGACGGUCACGACGAUAACGACGACAUGGUUGAAUAAGCGGGCAUAUCUGACGGAGGACACAAACAACACCAAUGUCGGCUUCUUUAAUUUCGUCACCUUCGAACUGCUGUACGCGAUCGUACCGAUAAUGACCUUUAUCGACCUCUUGACGCUGUUUCUCCGAGUUGCGUCGAUACGAGAGCGCCGGUCACGACCCCAAGCCGACGAUUAUUCUGCUAUUCUUGCUUCUCUGUUUGCUAUUGCGACGGGAGUGAUUGUGCUAUAUGGCGCCGUAAAACGUGUCACUGGUCGGCACGAUUGGGAUCCAUGGGCUCUGCCGGAGGGACCCUGGCCAAGGAGUGAUUAUUCAUGGGACACCAAGGAUACUGACCACCCAGUAUUCAUCCCGCUAUACGCAAUCCACGUACAGAUCAACUACAUUUUGAACUGCCUGCAAGGCGUUGGCAUCGGAGUGGUGCGACUUGCGUUCUUGUUCCUCUUCCGGAAGCUCUUCCUCCACCAGGGGCGGGGAUACAUCAUUCUCAUCGACGCCCUCAUUGGGGCCGUGACCCUGUUCAUGCUGGCAUACACCGGGACACAGGUCUUCGUUUGCGGGGUACAUCCGACCGCGCAAUGGACGAACCACGACACAGCAGCAGAGUACUGUUUCACAAAUGUCACUUACAACUUUGGCGUUAGCAUCGUCACGGUCGUCCUCGAUGUGACUGUGUUCUUGCUACCCAUGUACCCACUGUUGAGGAUCACGCAGACGAUGAACAAGGAGAAGAGGAAUUAUAUCCUGGUUGUCUUUUGCUUCGGUUUCUUGGCCGUGGUAUCCUCCAUCUUCAGCUUGGUUCUGGCUACUCCGUUUUUCCUCUACCAAGAUAGUUAUAUCUACACCUGGUUGCGUGACCACGGAGCUGGUGAUGGAGACGCAUUCGGCUGGUCCGGAACUACAACAUUUUGGUCGUACAUGGAACUAGCUGUUGGCGCAGCCGUGUGCAACUUGCCGAUCAUAUCACGAUUCCUGAUCCGCAGAUGGUGGGACGUGUCGAAACAGGCCACCGUCCAGACUAUGAACCAGAUCGUGACCCGAAAACUAUGGGCGCGCGACCACGCGCCGGAAUCAUACGCAUUACAGAGCGACACCUUGCCAAUUUACGUGGCGAAAACACGGUCGGGAGCCACAGAAACGACCAACAAGUCGGAACAAGAGAGUUCUGGACAAAAAUAUAAUUACCAUGGAUACGCCCAUGAUGUCGAAAGUAAUGACCACUGGCCGGAACACGACGGACAUGCCAGGAUAGGCACAGCCCUAUAG